CCUCUAAAAGGCUCAUCUCACGCCUCCAUGUUUCGCACACAAUUGUGAUGCAUGCUAUCCGCGCAUCCUCGAUUGGGCAGUCCCUGUGUCGUUCUCGCCGUCUGCAAGCGCUUCCCGCUGCAGCAACAUGGCGAGCCACGUCUCCGCGACCGCUGCCGCACCUCGGCCUCCUCCUCAAGAGGCAGUUCCAAGCCGAGGCGCUGUAUCUGCCGCCGCUGUUCUUCGCAGGCCUUCUGGUCGCUCUGUGGACGCAGAAAUGCAUCGCAAUGGUCCUCUUCCAGAACAAGAUCAUCUACAUGCCUGGCCUGCCACCCAACGCGCGCAGAGAGCGCAUCCAAGACUACGCGAAGCAGUGCUGGGGCGUGCAGUGGGAGGAGAAAAGGACCCAGGCCGCCGACGGGACGAAUCUAGCCCUCUGCGUGGCCUCGGCGACAUCGACUGGUGGCAAGAAGACCACGUCGCGCGACAACGCCGACGAUGACACUCUAUCGAUGCCGGCCGUCUACGUCCUCUACUUCCAGGGAAACGCCUCGUCCAUUCCCCCACGAUUGCCCGGCCUAUCAUGGGUCCUCCGGUCGCUGCAGCAGGGCAAGCAGCCUGCGCGAUACACAAUGGUGUGCCUGAGCUAUCGCGGCUACUGGACCUCGAGGGGCCGCCCCUCCGAGAAGGGUAUCAACCUGGACGCGCAGGCGGCUCUACAAUGGAUUGAGCGGGUGCACGGGGAGCACGACGCUCACAGGCACCAGCCACUGCCGGAGGUGAUCCUCUGGGGUCAGAGCAUCGGCGCUGGGGUGGCCACCAACCUCGCGGCCUGUGAGGCGUUCCCCCCCACGGUGCGGCUUCGGUCUCUGAUCCUCGAGACGCCCUUCACAUCCAUCAAGGACAUGCUGGCGGUGCUGUACCCCCAGAAAUGGGUGCCGUACCGUCAUCUCUGGCCGUUUCUCCGGAACCACCUGGACAGCUGGACGAACCUAGAGGCGAUUGCUAGGAAUCGGUCUGGGCCGGGUGCGCAUGGAAAGCCUCAUGUUACGAUUAUCGAAGCCGGCAGGGACGAGCUAGUGCCGGCCCAACACGGCGCGAAGCUGGUCCAGCGUUGCGAGGAGGUCGGAUUGACGGUCGAGAAGUUGACGGUGCGCGGUGCGUUCCAUAACGAUGCCGUCAUCAAGCUAGAGGGGCGCAGAGCUGUUGCCAACGCUAUCGCGCAAGUCGCAGCUAAAAUGCAAUAGCAGAGAUGACAUCAAGUGAAGUCUCUAGCAAUUCAUCUACGAGACUAGACUAGUCCAACAUCAUGGACGUGGGCGUGCGCAACCAAAAGAGGGCAGCCGUAAUUGGCGAAUUGAAAAGAAGCGUGAGGGUCUGCCGAGAGCUGCCUCGGCGUUCAAGUUCGCGGCCAACUAACUCCAGGACCCUUGGGGCCUCGGAACGGUUCCCCGGCAUAUUGGUGCAAGCUUUGCAGCAAUAAGUGUUUGCUAGGGGCUGGUGAAAUUCCGUGACUCUUGGUUGGAACUAAACCUGGCUGGCGGUGGCAUCCAUUGCGGAUCAACCCUUUAUGUAUACAUCAUUGGGAUGCUUAAAAGUCAGGCUUGCAGGAUCAAGCAUAGCUACUCCUUGAUGAUACACGAAUUAGCAUCGUCUUCAUCAAUGAGAUCAAACAUGCAAACAGCUGGACUCGCAAC